UUCAAAAGCAUCAUGAGGGAAAUAGUCCACAUCCAGGCCGGGCAGUGCGGGAAUUAAAUUGGGGCGAAGUUCUGGGAGGUGAUCAGUGAAGAGCAUGGCAUUGACCCUACUGGAACCUACCAUGGAGACAGUGACCUGCAGCUGGACCGGAUCAGUGUCUAUUACAACGAGGCUUGUGGUGGAAAGUAUGUUCCCAGAGCCAUCUUGGUGGACCUGGAACCAGGCACUAUGGACUCUGUCCGUUCUGGACCUUUUGGGCAAAUCUUCAGACCUGACAACUUUGUCUUUGGUCAAAGUGGUGCAGGAAACAACUGGGCCAAAGGGCACUACACAGAGGGGGCGGAGCUAGUAGAUUCUGUCCUGGAUGUGGUGAGAAAGGAAGCAGAGAGCUGUGAUUGCCUGCAGGGCUUCCAGCUCACACACUCGCUGGGAGGAGGCACUGGUUCCGGCAUGGGCACCCUGCUCAUCAGCAAGAUCCGAGAGGAGUACCCCGACCGCAUCAUGAACACCUUCAGUGUGGUGCCCUCUCCCAAGGUGUCGGACACUGUGGUUGAGCCAUACAGUGCCACGCUGUCCGUGCACCAGCUGGUGGAGAACACGGACGAGACCUACUGCAUCGACAACGAAGCCCUUUACGACAUUUGCUUCCGCACUCUGAAACUCACCACGCCCACAUAUGGCGACCUCAACCACCUGGUUUCGGCCACCAUGAGCGGCGUGACCACCUGCCUGCGUUUUCCCGGGCAGCUAAAUGCUGAUUUGAGGAAACUGGCGGUCAACAUGGUGCCCUUUCCACGCCUCCACUUCUUCAUGCCUGGCUUUGCACCUCUAACCAGCAGGGGAAGCCAGCAAUACCGUGCCUUAACAGUGCCUGAGCUCACCCAGCAGGUGUUUGAUGGUAAAAACAUGAUGGCGGCGUGUGACCCUCGCCACGGCCGCUAUCUGACAGUAGCUGCCGUUUUCCGUGGCCGCAUGUCCAUGAAGGAAGUAGACGAGCAGAUGCUGAACGUCCAGAACAAGAACAGCAGCUACUUUGUGGAAUGGAUCCCCAACAACGUCAAGACGGCAGUCUGUGACAUUCCGCCUCGCGGCCUCAAGAUGGCAGUCACCUUCAUCGGCAACAGCACAGCCAUCCAGGAGCUGUUCAAACGCAUCUCUGAGCAGUUCACCGCCAUGUUCCGCCGCAAGGCCUUCCUCCACUGGUACACCGGCGAAGGCAUGGAUGAGAUGGAGUUUACCGAGGCGGAGAGCAACAUGAACGACCUGGUCUCCGAGUACCAGCAGUACCAGGACGCCACCGCUGAGGAGGAGGGAGAGUUUGAAGAGGAGGUGGAAGAGGAUGCCUGAGAAUGAAAU